CCAUUCUCAUUUUGUUGUUUACACAUAGAACUAAAAGUAAAACCAGUAAAUGUGUACAUUGGGCAGUAAAUUAUUUUUAAAAAGCUACUUUACACCACGUAUCUAACAAACGCACGCACAGCUUUUUCUGUAAAAACAAACAAACAAAAAACCCAGUAGUAAGGCUUCAUACCACAAUUCUCCCCUUUUACGACGAGAACAAAGUACAGCUCAAAAUGGCUGUUGUAAAACAGCUGUGUGACAGUGUUGUCCAAUAUAAAGAGUAUUUUAAUUUUUAAAAGUGAAUAAUCCACUGUACUGUCAGCCAGAAGAAACAACGCGCGGAACACUGAAAGAAAGGUCCUCCUGGCUUGUCCUGGUAGCAGUCUCUUGAAGUGCUUGCUCCAUGCGUCAGUUCUAGUUUAUUACUGGCAUGGCUCCCACUUGUUUAUCUUCACACUUGUCAUCCAGACCAAACAGUACCUGAUUAGUAGGUGAGCUUAGACCAUUAUCAUCCAUCAUGGCAUGUCCGACGAAGAGCCUCCAGUUUAGGACCAUUGCUCCUAAAGUGCCUUCCUCUGUCGUUGGGCCAGCUGUCCUGUCAUGUCAGCCCUCCCUGCCCGAUGCUCAAGCGACCAGCCCGAAGUCCAUUAUCAUGCCAGCUCAGAAAUACGCUCUGAUGCAGGUUGCCAGCCAAGAGGGGACCUUUUCCCUUGUAGCCUUGUCUCCACCUGUGACGCCUCAGUCACCCCAGCAGAUCCAGAGAAACAUGACCUUCCCGAAAAACAUGAAAUUGCCAAUCCCCAGGUACCAGUCCGUGAGAAACAAGCCCACUCCGGAGAAGGCUGCAGCAGCUCAGACAGCUCACAUGUUCACACCUGCCAAACAUGUGACACAAGCUGUUCAGAUACAUUCUGUCUCCCCUGCUGAGACUUCUUCUAAAGUAGAAGGAUCCGAGCGAGUUAUAUUAAUCGACCCCAGCUCCAAUGAAAUCACUGUCACCACAUUGCUUACUGGGAGCACUGUCUUGGGUUCUUCUGUAGAAAAGCCAGCAGACACUGAUAAGGCAGAUAUAGACCCAACCAUCUGCAGUGUUUCGCAACACCUCCACGCUGGAGCAAAUGCUGCUGAACCAAACAGCAGCACUUAUCUGAAAGACUCUGAGGAUGAAGCCGAGAAGUUAAAACAACACCUAUCAAAGCCUUCUAACUCAUCCAAUACCAUAACUGUUCUCUCGCCAGCGAUUUUUGGCAAGGCUGUCCAGAUUAUUCCAUCUGCUUCUAAAGUGAAAGUGCCCAUCUUGCCCUACUCCAAAGUAAAAAACACCUUGUACCCGGUGACUAAAUUGAACUCAAAAUCGCCAGAGAAGAUGACGUCUACCUUAAAGUCUAAUCUACGCAAAACAGCAGAACAUGUCCCAAAGCCUCUGGAAGCUUCUGAUGGAUGUUAUCUAGCUUCCUCCCCAUCACAGGGCACCUCACAGCAGGUAAAUACAAAGUGUCUUGCUAGCAGCUUUGGAAAAGUGCUUGCAGAUACAUUUCAAAAGCCGACCACCAGUACCAGUAGAAAAAGGGGAAGGAAAAGAAAGACCAUUGAGGAUGUACUCGCUUCGGAGGCUAAGAAGAAGAGAUCGUUCUCUUUCAUUAAGAGACGAUAUCCAGACAAACCAUUGCCAGAAAGCAGCGGAUCCAAGGAGAAGGCACUAGAUAUUUCCAAGAAGUAUCGCAGUAUCAGGCCUAAACCUGUUGUGCUGGCAGAAGCUGUUCCUCAUGUGACGGGUCUCAAUCAACUCCCUGAGUGUUUGGAACACGAGUUUUUUACAAACCAUAGAUUUGCAGGUAGAGUUUUAGACUGUCAGCACUUGGACAACAUUACUGACAAGUACGAAUCUAUGAAAACUAGUAAUGUAUACCUUGGGAGUAAGCAGUUGCACAGGUGCUCCACCUGCAACCGUUGCUUUCAGUUUAAACACCACCUCCAAAGCCAUAUGAACAGUCACACUAACAGCCGUCCUUACGUUUGCCCCCUGUGUCGUAAGACGUACGCUCAUUCGGGCAGCCUGAGCACGCACAUGAAGCUUCAUCACAGCGAAGGCCGUCACAAAAAAAACAUGCGCUGUGAGUUCUGUAAUAAAGUUUUUGGCUACAUCGGAGUCUACUUCAGACACCUGAAGGAAGUCCAUAAGGUGAUUCUUAGUUUAGAGCCGUCUGUUCAGCAAAAUCAAGUUGAAGUUGACGCAGCAAAUGGGGGGAGUAAUUCCACAGAUUCCAGUGACGACCCAAUUCAGAGUCAAGAGGAACAGGCGGAGCUGCAGAUCAAGUGUGGCCGCUGCCAGACCAUCACGCCCACCUUUGCGGAUAUGAAGCUGCACCUACUGUAUGUUCAUGGGGAGGAGAUCCAGGUGAGGCUCAAGGACGGGGUCCUCCAGGGAGGCAGAGAGGCUGAAAGCGAGCUGGUCAAGCAUGCGGCCCACUAUUGGAAACAGCUGAAUGAGAAGAGGAACCUUGUCAAGUGCGGAAGCUGCAAGGAGGAAUUCUACUCCUUCUCAAAACUGAAGAAGCACAUAUACUCCCAUCACCAGGGCGAGCCUGUAAUGAAAGUGGAUAGUGCAGCAUCUGAAAACACACGCAGGGCCCACACUCAGAACACCAGCCCUGAGCUGCUUGACAAGAGCAUUACACUGAGGGCAGAGCUGGGUUUCAACUGCAUCUUGUGCACAGGGGUCUUGGCCAGUAAGGAGGAGCUGUUUGAUCACUGGCAGUCUUGUCACAACUGCGAGGACCCUGCUGUGCUGUGGACGGUGGUGAGCGCUUUUAUGGAGCGAGAGGAAGUCAAACCUUCCAGUGAAAACCCUGAAAAGUAGUCCACAUAUCACCCCACACACCCCUGGGGGCUAGAACAACUCUUUCAGAAGGGGCUACAGAGAAUCUAAGGGGCAUUUAUUCUUGGAGAAAACAAUAGAUUUGAUAUAAUCCUACUGAACAUAUUUGAAAUUAUCUUCCCAAGACACUAGUGCCAAAAGUGCCUUAUGGAAUGCUUAAUGUAAUGUAAACCUAGCCUAUCUAAGAUAAGGAGGCAAAAGAUUGUAGUUAAAUAAUAAAGUUAAAUCAGAUUUCUUAUUGAAAAAAA